GAGACACAGACUACAGACAGGGAGACUAAAGACACAGAGACUAAAGACAAAUAAAGAUAAUCAGAUAUAUAUCUAUAAUAUUUAUCUGAAUACACUUCAGUCAUAUACUGUAUAAUGUACUUCAUUCCCGCCCACGUCGGCACACGCCGUGUCAGCAGCGAGCGCACCUGUACUCCUCCUCUCUGACGGAACAGGAAGUCGGGAAACGGGAGGAAGAAGAAUCUCGGACGUAAAAGAGAAAAGUUUGUGAAUGUUAAAAGAAAAAUGAGCAGAAUUUAUGAAAACUCGUGUUUACAGAACAAACCCGUCCACAGUGACAAGUUCGACGGCGUCUGGUCUCCAUCUACAUACGAGAGGGGAGCUGGAGUUCUUCUGGAGGGAAAGGUGCUGGACGUCUCCAGACAUGUGGUCAGCGAUGUCAAAAACCACAAGGUUCGCUUCUACGUUCUGUAUGUCAAACCCAGCCGCGUCCAUCAGAGGAAGUUUGAUGACAGAGGAAAUGAAAUCGAGCCAAACUUCAGCGACACCAAGAAGGUCAACACAGGUCAUCUCCUGUCAUCCUACAAAGUGGAAGCUAAGGGUCAGUCGGACCGUCUGUCUCACGAGCAGCUGUCAGAGAUGGUGAACAAGGAUGAGCUGGUGAAAAUAACGGAGAAGCACCGACCCGCCGGUACCUGGGCCUUCUGGUUCCCAGAGACGGAGCUGGACAAAACAGAGCUGGAGACGUGACACGAGGUCCGGCUGAAGACCAGAGGAAACUGUCCCUUCAUCUUCUCCAUCGCUAAAGUGGAGGGUGGCGCAGUGACCAGGUGUAACUUUACUGGAGAUGAAAACACUGGAGCUUCAUGGACGGACAAGAUCCUGGCCAACAAAGUCCACGCAGAAGACGCUGAGCGAGGAGGAGGAGCAGCAGGAGGAGGAGAGGGAGCUGAUGAAGAUGAAUGGGACGAGUGAGUAAAUCGUUUCCUGGCAGAACUGAACUGAACCGAGCUUGUGGCAGAUCUCCAGUCUGUCUCUCUCUGUGUCUCUAUGUCUGUGUCUCUCCGUGUCGCUCUCUGUCUCUGUGUCUGUCUCUGUGUCUCUCCGUCUCUCUCUCUGUCUCUGUGUCUCUCUCUGUGUCUGUCUCUGUGUCUGUCUCUUUGUCCUUGUGUCUUUCCGUGUCUGUGUCUGUCUCUGUGUCCUCAUGGUUUAAAAUCUUGCAGCAGGUUUUGACUGUGAUUCACACAUUUAUAUGAGAUCAAAUAUAAAUAUUAAAAAGUCUGCUGGUCAGGUGACUGGUCAGGUGACUUUAAAGGUG